AAGAUUCUCCCGAAUACUAUGUAGUUGGAACUUCAUUUACCAUUCAAGGGGAAACUAAUGCUAGUAAAGGUCGAAUAUUAGUUUUCCAAGUAGAAAGAAACGAAUUUGCUUGCAAAUUACGGUUGAUUCUCCAGAAAGAAAUGAGAGGUGCAAUAUAUUCAUGCGGGCCGUUUGAUGGAAAGUUAUUAGCCUCCAUUAAUGGAACGGUUACAGUUUUCGAAUGGAAAGCCUCUGAAGAUGGAAGUGCAGAAUUAAUACCUCUUUGUAGUAAUAAAGAUUUUUCAUUGGCACUUCGUGUUGUCUCCCGAGGACAUUUCGUUUUAGUUGGCGAUCUUUUUAGAUCUAUUAGUCUGUUAGCAUACAAAGAAUCAGAUAAAGACAACAAAUCUCUCGAAGUGAUCGCUAAAGAUAAUAACCCUCAUUGGAUUUCUUCUGUCGAAGCUUUUGAUGAUGAUGAAUUUAUUGCCGGUGAUACAAAUUAUGAUCUAAUCACAUUUCGAAAAAAUGAUGAUACAGCAGAUGAAGAUGAAAGGAGGAAGUUGGAAACAAAUGGAUUCUUUCACCUGGGCGAUUCAGUUAAUCAAAUACGUCAUGGUUCUUUGGCGAUGAAUGUUUCAGAAACAGAGCCAGUAGGAAUUUCUUCAGAAUUGUUAUACUGUACAUCAUCUGGAGCUAUUGGCGUUAUCGCAUCAAUACCCGAACAAAAAUUUAAAUUUUUGAAAAAAUUAGAAGAAAGCAUAGAUAAAGUUAUCGGCAGUAUUGGUGAUUUAAGUCACAAAGAUAUAAAAAAAGUGAAUAAGCUUUACGAGGCUCGAGGAUUUAUCGAUGGCGAUCUUAUUGAAUCUUUCCUUGACAGGUCCCGAAGUGAAAUGGUACAAAUUGCUGAAGAAUGUGAGAUGAAAGUAGAUGAGCUAUUAAAAAUAGUUGAAGA